AUGCAGACAAUGAGAGACGGAAUAAGAUUACGUCAACAUGUCUCUAAAAGAUCUACUAGUGAUGUGUUAUAUGAAGAUAAAGCUUCUUCAAAGAAGAAAGAAAUACUGCCAAAUGAAACUCAACAUUUACUUUUUCUUUUUACAUUUUAUCUUUUUGUAUCCAUUAUCAUUAUCACAUUUGAAAAGAAAUUACCUGAACCGUUAACAAUAAAUAAAGAAGGUUUAUAUCCUGGAAGAUUUAUUGCUGAAAGAGCACAUAAUCAUCUUCUAAAUAUUACAUCUAUUGGACCACGAAUUGUUGGAAGUUAUGAAAAUGAAGUAUUGGCAAUUAAAUAUUUAACUAAUAUCAUUAAUAAUAUAGUCAAAGGAGCCAAUGAGAAUCAUAAGAUUCUAGUCAAUGUAACCAAGCAUAGUGGAGCUUUUCUAAAAUUUUUAGAUGGAAUGACAAAUGUAUAUAGAAAUGUUCAAAAUGUCAUUGUUAAAAUUGGUCCUCAUAGAUCUACUCAGAGUAGUUUAUUGAUAAAUUGUCAUUUUGAUACUUUUCCAGAAAGUCCUGGUGGAUCUGAUGAUGGAGCUAGUUGUGCUGUGAUGUUAGAAAUUUUACGUGUAAUUAGUCAUAGUUCAAAAUUAUUAAAGCAUAACAUUAUAUUUUUAUUUAAUGGUGCUGAAGAAAAUUUAUUACAGGCUUCCCAUGGCUUUAUAACACAACAUCCUUGGGCUAAAGAAGUGCGAGCUUUUAUAAAUUUAGAAGCUUGUGGUGCAGGUGGUCGUGAAUUAUUGUUUCAGGCUGGACCUGAUAGUUCUUGGAUGCUUCAAAUAUAUGCUACAUCUGUUCCUUAUCCCUAUGCAUCAUCCUUAGCUCAAGAAAUAUUUGAAAGUGGCAUUGUACCUGGAGAUACUGAUUUUCGAAUAUUUAGAGACUUUGGAAAUGUUUCUGGUCUUGAUUUUGCAUGGGCAACUAAUGGUUAUGUAUACCAUACUAAAUUUGAUAAUAUUCACCAAAUACCAUUAGGAUCUUUACAAAGAACUGGAGAUAAUAUUCUUGCUUUAUUACAAGGAAUAAUAUUAGAUAAUUAUUUAUCUGAGAUACCAUUUCAAGAUCACACAGGAAAUCCUGUAUUUUUUGAUUUCUUAGGUACAUUUGUUAUCAGAUGGCCUCAAUAUAUGGCAUGUACAAUUAAUAUUAUUAGCAUAAUCGUUAGUAUAUAUUCGAUAUAUUUAAAUAUACAAAAUGCUCGUCGAGAUACAAAAAAAUCAAUAUAUUUAAAACAUUUAUUAUUAUGUACGGGAGCAAUAAUUGUUUCGUGGCUAGUAUCUAUACUUUCAUGCACAUUAAUCGCACUUAUUCUUACUAAACUUGGAAAAGUUAUGAGUUGGUAUGCAAGACCAGCAUGGUUAUUUUUUUUAUAUGUGGUUCCAACUAUUUUCAUAUCAAUGACAUUUUUUUUAUUCAUUGGCUCACGUCAAAAAAAGGAAGUUAAAUCUGCAUGGACUUUAUAUCAAAUAUACUGUGAUUCAUAUUCCAUAAUAUGGAUAUCUGUUCUUUCUUUUUGUGUUGUAUUUGAGAUACGAUCUGGUUUUAUACCAUUACAUUGGGUUGUAUUUCCUACUGCUGGGAAUAUAAUUCGAUGUAAUUUCUUUAACAAAUGGAGAGGUUGGAAAUGGCUGUUUUAUUAUUUAAUGACGACGUGUUUACCUUAUAUACAAUCUUUUUAUUUAAUAAUUGGAGCUCUUUAUCUUUUUAUACCUAUAAUGGGACGAUCUGGUAGCAGUAUAAAUUCAGAAGUUGUUAUGGCUAAUAUGUUAUGCAUCCUUUUUUCUCUGCUACUUAGUUUCACGUUACCAUUUGUACUUUUAAUAAAAAAUGCAGAGAGAAUCUUAAGUGUAUUAAUGGGAAUAUUUUUAAUAACUAUAGGAGUAUUAAUUUUAACUCCACUUGGUUUUCCUUAUAGUGGUGAUUUAUCAUCAUUAGCACCAGAACGAUUUAUGAUUGCGCACACACAAAAACAAUAUUAUGAUGUUGAUGGUAAUUUACGUUAUUCUGGAACGGGAUAUUGGAUAGCUGAUUUAGAUAUGAAUAGUCCACAUAGUGUGGAAGCUGUGGUACCUGAAAUAGGUGCAGUAAUGUCAACAAUAAAAGAUUGCGAAAAAGAAUUAUAUUGCGGCCUGCCAUAUUUUAUGCCUGUUACAACAUUUUUAUGGAAAACAAGUUGGAUUCCAGGCCCUGCUCCAUUAAUUAGCAUUCCAACAAAACUUGAACUUAUUUCAAAGUCUAUAAAACAAAAUAUUGUCAGUUUUACCUUUAAUGUUACAGGUCCAGAUCAUAUAAGUAUAAUUUUAUCUCCAUAUAAAGGAGUUCAUUUACAGAAGUGGUCUAUUUUAGAAGGGAAACCAUUAGAAGGACCUAAAUGGAACAAUAGAGAAACAUAUUUUAUUUAUUAUUCUUGUGCAUCUGACUGUGUUCCUUUUACAUUUUCUCUUGAAUUGAAUAUAAAUAAUAUGCCGAAAACUCCAUGCUUAUCAAUAGCACUAGGUGGUCAUUUUUUACAUGGUGAACAUCAAACAUCUUUAAGAUUCAAACGAUUCUUAGCACAAUUUCCAUCUUGGUCAGUCGUCACUCCAUGGACAGCAACAUACACUUCUUGGCAAUUUUAAUAAGUAAUAUACGGAACUAAUUCUCUCUUGAAUCUUUACUGAAUGCUUAGAGAAUAGUCUGCAGAAUGCUGUAAGAAUAGUCAAUGAUAGCCUAAUGAAAACGGCACUGUACUACAUGUUAUAUAGACAUUUACAAGAUAUAUAUAAUAUUUAAUAAUACAAAUUAUAAGCUUAAAAUAAUCUUAUAUUAUUUGUUAAUUUUUUGCAAUUGCAAUAUAACGAGAAGCAUCUACAUUUAAAAAUAG